UAGUGUUUGUGUAAUGUAAAUAUAUUGUUUGUAGUACUGCAUAUGGUGAUCUGGCUAAUAUUUUUUCAUCACUAUUCCAACAGAGGAAACUGCUAAUGAAGCAGAAGAAGACCCGUUUUUGCCACUCAGUGGGGGAAACACUGAAGGUACGGACACCGAGACCAUUCCCAGCGAUUACCAAUCCAACACUCCAGAUCGGAUGGAAAGUGAUAUGCCAGAUAGUACUGGCAGUUAUGCGUCAUCUCCAGCUGAGCCGCUGAAAGCGAUCCCCACUCAAGCCACCUUGAUCAAAGACACUUUACAGGCGAGAGCAAAAGUAGUUCCAUCGGUGACAGGCCAUUCACAAGAUGAGGUCAAGUCAACCACCGUGGACAGGCCUGAUGGAGUCACUUACACUGAGAGUGAAGAAAGCAGAAGAAAUCCUCUCACCGUGUCAGACUCCAGAACAACAUUUCCACAAGCCACCAUGGGAGGACCACCACCAGAAACAUCACAUGGGUCAUCCAGACCUUCACAAGCAGAAUAUCCCUUUCAAGAGAUGUCCACACCUCGACUGCCAUCAGAUCACACACAAUGGUCAUCCAGAUCUUCAGAUUCACCAGAUCCUUCACGAGGGUCUUCCACAUCUUCAGGGCAACCAAAGGCUUCACAAGAGUCAUCCACACUUUCACGCCCACAAAAAAACUCACAAGAGUCUUCUACAUCUUCUGGACCACCACCAGAAACAUCACAUGGGUCAUCCAGACCUUCACAACAAGAAUAUCCCUUUCAAGAGAUGUCCACACCUCGACUGCCAUCAGAACACACACAAGGGUCAUCCAGAUCUUCAGAUUCACGAGAUCCUUCACGAGGGUCUUCCACAUCUUCAGCGCAACCAAAGGCUUCACAGGAGUCAUCCACACCUUCACGCCCACAAAAAAACUCACAAGAGUCUUCCACAUCUUCAGGACCACCACCAGAAACAUCGCAUGGGUCAUCCAGACCCUUACAACCAGAAUAUCCCUCUCAAGAGAUGUCCACACCUCGACUGUCAUCAGACCACACACAAGGGUCAGCCAGAUCUUCAGAUUCACCAGAUCCUUCACGAGGAACUUCCGCAUCUUCAGCACAACCAAAGGCUUCACAAGAGUCAUCCACACCUUCACGCCCACAAAAAACCUCACAAGAGUCUUCUACAUCUUCACGACCACCACCAGUAACAUCACUUGGGUCAUCUAGACCUUCACAACCAGAAUAUCCCUUUCAAGAGAUGUCCACACCUCGACUGCCAUCAGAACACACACAAGGGUCACCCAGAUCUUCAGAUUCACCAGAUCCUUCACGAGGGUCUUCCACAUCUUCAGGGCAACCAAAGGCUUCACAAGAGUCAUCCACACUUUCACACUCACAAAAAACCUCACAAGAGUCUUCUACAUCUUCAGGACCAACACCAGAAACAUCACAUGGGUCAUCCAGACCUUCACAACCAGAAUAUCCCUUUCAAGAGAUGUCCACACCUCGACUGCCAUCAGAACACACACAAGGGUCAUCCAGAUCUUCAGAUUCAACAGAUCCUUCACGAGGAUCGUCCACAUCUUCAGAAGAUAGCAGAAGAAAUCCUACCACCGUAUCAGACUCCAGAACAACAUUUCCACAAGCCACCAUGGGAGUUGACACCAGACCUUCACAACCAGAAUAUCCCUUUCAAGAGAUGUCCACACCUCUACUGCCAUCAGAACACACCCAAGGCUCAUCCAGAUCUUCAGAUUCACCAGAUCCUUCACAAUGGUCUUCCACUUAUUCAGCGCUACCAAGUGCUUCACAAGAGUCAUUCACAAAUUCAGCACCCCAAAAACCAACACAAGAUUCCGCCACAAAUGCAGAAAGCUCCGAGGCGCCUCACUUACCCGAUUCAACGAGGUCUUUCCCACCAUCAGUCCCAACCACUUCAGUGGUUACAACAUCCCGACCUUUCGCUCUACCAGACCAGACCAGUCAGAAUUACUCUCCUGGUGUUUCUCCGGUUGCAUCAGACCUUGACGUUACAAUGACCGUUAAUCCUUCACCCACAGAUGCGUUGCACAGUAAUUUUAAAGACAAGGUUACCCCAACAGAACCUUCCAUCGCCCCAGUAACAGAAACCCCAAAACCCACCCGUGCUAAAGCACCUGAAUCCACCCCAAAACCUAAACCAAACACUUCCAGUCCAUCAAUGACUGCAGCGCCUGAGGAUAAACCUUCUCUCAAACCGGCGAUUAAGCCAGUGGAUGCGGUGCUGAAUGUGGAUAGUUCCAGACACUACCAACCAGAUGACAACAAUGACACAAACUUGUGCAGUGGGCGUCCUCCCAGUGGAGUCACCACAUUGAGGAACGGCACAAUAGCAGUCUUCAGAGGUCACCUCUUCUGGUUUUUGGAUAGAAACAGGGUGCCAGGUCCGGCCCAUGACAUCACACAAAUGUGGGGGGUCCCGUCACCCAUCGACACUGUGUUCACCCGUUGCAAUUGCCAGGGGAAAACAUACAUCUUCAAAGGAAACCAGUACUGGAGAUUUGAGAACAAUAAUUUGGACCCAGGCUAUCCAAAGUUUGUUGAGUCGGGCUUUGAUGGUCUUCGAGGUCACAUCACAGCUGCCCUGUCUGUGCCUCAGUACCUCAGGAGGAGAGAAUCUGUCUAUUUCUUCAAGAGAGGUGGAUUGGUGCAGAAAUAUUCAUAUCAGUUUGGCACCAGCCCAUCAUGUAGCAAGAAAGCCCAUUUUGCUAUUUACACUGUCCGUAACCGAGUGGGGCGACAAGCAGUGUCACUGCUGGGACCCGCAAUCAACAUCCGGACGAGCUGGCGAGGAUUCCCCACCAUCAUCACUUCAGCUGUUUCUGUCCCCAGUUACAGGGAACCAGAGGGCUACAGAUACUAUGUCUUCUCUAGAUCUAAAUCCUACAAUAUCAGGUUGGACGGUGAGCGGCCCGUUGUCACUUCCCCGAUAGAAAACCCAUCAGCUCAGAACAACAACUUCAUCAAUUGCCCCAAAACACUCUGAUGACCACAGACUGCUUCAUGAAGCCUUCGUGUUGGACUUGUUAAACACUUUUAAUUACAUUUUUCAGAAAGCACAUAACCACCAUAGACUCAUCAAAAUUAUAAAAGCGAAAAGCUUUCGAACAGGUGAUCAAGAUCAAGAAGAGUGACUUGUUGAGACUGUCACGAUGUCCGUGUAGGGAGCUUCAUCUGGCGAUGCGUCUGCCGUGAACUCCUCGGGAGGGAAAUGCUUGACCUAAUGGAAUACACAAUGCAGGUUUCAAAAUUAUAUCCAGCGGCUGAAUAAACUGCAUAUCUGAAAUCUAUGAAUGAAAGCACACAAUUUUAAAAGCAUGCAAAAAAUAUUCACGUUAUGAUCUAUACACUAUGUAACUAUAUUUAAAAUGCAAUAAAGAUUGUCUGGUUGGAA